GGGAUCCGGGAGGCGGCGGCGGCGGCGGAGGAGGCUCAGGCAGCGGCGGGCCGGGCCGGGCCCUGUGGGGCGGCGCUGGGCCGAAAGGGGCUGAGGGGAGCGGAGGUCUCGAGACGUAGCUGUGAGGGGGGCUGUGCGGGCAGCGCCAUGGCGGAGACGAUCAUAAUCCGUGUGCAGUCGCCAGAAGGGGUGAAACGCAUCACGGCCACCAAGCGAGAGACAGUGGCCACAUUCCUCAAGAAGGUUGCAAAAGAAUUUGGUUUCAGGAAUAAUGGGUUUUCUGUCUACACCAAUAGAAACAGGACAGGAGAGAUCACAGCAUCACAAAACAAAUCCCUCAACUUACUGAAAAUCAAGCAUGGCGAUAUGCUGUUUCUGUACCCCUCGAGCCCAGCAGGCUCUUCCUCAGAGACCAUGGACACCUCUGUCUCCCAGGGCUUGCGGCCAGUGGGGGCCCCCCAGGUGGUGGAGGAUGACAUUGACCAGUAUCUGAUCAAACAGGAUGGGAAGAUUUAUCGAAAUCGAGACCAGCAGCUGUGUCGCCACGGCCCCUUGGGUAAAUGUGUGCAUUGUGUACCAUUAGAGCCUUUUGAUGAGGAUUAUUUAAACCAUCUGGAACCUCCUGUGAAGCAUAUGUCGUUCCAUGCCUACAUCAGGAAGCUGACCGGAGGGGCAGACAAGGGGAAAUUUGUUGCCCUGGAAAACAUCAGCUGCAAGAUCAAGUCAGGCUGUGAAGGGCAUCCUCCUUGGCCAGAAGGCAUUUGCACAAAGUGUCAGCCAAGUGCCAUCACUCUCAACAGACAGAAAUACAGGCAUGUUGACAACAUCAUGUUUGAGAACCACACAAUUGCAGAUCGCUUCCUAGACUUCUGGCGGAAGACAGGAAACCAGCAUCUUGGGUAUUUGUAUGGACGGUACACGGAGCACAAAGACAUCCCUCUGGGGAUCAGGGCGGAGGUGGCUGCCAUCUAUGAACCCCCACAGAUCGGUACACAGAACAGCCUGGAGAUCCUGGAAGAUCCAAAAGCAGAGGUUGUGGAUGAGAUUGCUGCCAAGCUUGGACUGAGAAAGGUUGGCUGGAUAUUUACUGAUCUAGUCUCUGAAGACACACGGAAAGGGACUGUUCGGUACAGCAGGAACAAGGACACGUAUUAUCUAAGUGCAGAAGAGUGCAUCACAGCUGGAAACUUUCAGAACCAGCACCCCAACAUCUGUCGCCUUUCUCCAGAUGGUCAUUUCGGAUCCAAGUUUGUCACAGUUGUGGCUACAGGUGGUCCCGACAACCAGGUCCACUUUGAGGGGUACCAGGUCUCCAAUCAGUGCAUGGCACUGGUUCGUGAUGAGUGCCUGCUCCCCUGCCGCGAUGCACCAGAGCUGGGCUAUGCAAAGGAGUCCAGCAGCGAGCAGUAUGUGCCUGACGUGUUCUAUAAGGACAUAGACAAGUUUGGCAAUGAGAUCACACAGCUGGCUCGUCCUCUCCCUGUUGAGUACCUAAUCAUAGACAUUACUACAACUUUCCCCAAGGAUCCAGUCUACACUUUUUCUAUUUCUCAAAAUCCAUUUCCCAUCGAGAACCGUGAUGUGCUGGGAGAGACUCAGGACUUCCACAGCUUGGCCACCUACCUGUCCCAAAAUACUUCCUCUGUUUUCUUAGACAUCGUUUCCGAUUUCCAUCUGCUUCUCUUCCUGGUCACGAACGAGGUCAUGCCUCUGCGGGACAGCAUCAGCUUGUUGCUGGAAGCUGUGAGGACCAAAAACGAGGAGCUCGCACAGACCUGGAAGAAGUCGGAGCAGUGGGCCACCAUCGAGCAGCUCUGCAGCACAGUUGGUGUCCAGCUGCCAGGACUGCACGAAUACGGUGCUGUGGGCGGUUCUACGCACGCCGUGUCGGCGGCCAUGUGGGCCUGCCAGCACUGCACCUUCAUGAACCAGCCAGGCACGGACCACUGCGAGAUGUGCAGCCUGCCCCGGACCUAGCCACAGCGGUGCGGCGGCCGACUCCAAUACAGAGCAAACCCUUGAGCAGCAGGAGUGGUGCUUGACCCCUCCCCUUCCCGCUCCAGCCCUCCUCGGUUGCCCCUCUCCUCCUUCCAGGGGCAGCCCCGCUGUCACAUCGUGAGGUGGGCACCCUGGGCUUAGCCUGACGCUGGCCUCUCACUUCACCUCAGUCUCUGGAUGGGCCUUUGCCUAGCGGGGCUCAGGGCGGCUCUGUGUGGGGCCAGCCAGAGCCUAUCCCUCCCUGCCCUCUCCCCUUGCCCACAGCGUCCCCUACCCUGCGCAGGUGACAGGGAGGCAGUGGCAUCUCCCUGCCCCCAGCUUUGCUCCCCGCUGCCCUUUUCCUGCCUUUGUGGCUCGCUGCCGCCAGCCUUGGCUUUCCAGGCAGCCCUGGCCCGGCCGUACCCACAGCUUUCGUGCUAAAGAGCCCGUGCGGAGCGAGCAGAUGACCGUUAGCAGCGUUGGACCAGGCAGCAGCUCUGCUGGGCCAGGCUCCGUGUGCUGGCAGUGCUCCCGGAGCAGGAUAGGAUCCCUGGCGGUGGGUGAGGGGUGGGCACGUGUCAGCUCACGGCUCGGCACCGCACCGGCAGCCUCGCUCCCUCUGGCUGCGGGGAUGCUACAGCAGCCCGGCUCAUUCCCGGGGGCUGCAGGAGGGCUGUUCCUUCCCCGGAGGCUUUGCUGUCCGCUCAGAUGGUGGGGAACGUGCUGGGGGGGCCACGUCAGUCGGGCGUCUGCUGCGGUACCCGCUGAUUUCUAUGCGUGUCCUCCCUGGGCGCCGUGCUGGAGGCGGGGGCCGGGCUACACUCUUGCUGCUCUCUCCCUGCUUUAGCGCCUGAGUAGGGGCCGCUACGGCGCUGGAAAGGGGCAGGCGGUGCCCUGCGAGCCUGUCUCAGGGCUGCCCCACCCCUGCCGAUUUGGGGCUCGGUUCGGUUCCCGGGGCUCCGGUUUUAGCACCGUCUCGUGCAGCUUUGCAGGAGGGCGGCGCGGGGCCCCGUCCUGGCACAGGCCGUGGGACGGGCGCAGAGACCCCCCGCUGCCGCCCGUGGGCUUUGUCUCGUGCUGAGGAGCGGCUGCCGGCCCCGCCCCUGCCGCGGGGCGCUCGGGCUGUGGCUGCGGUUUGCUUUUCCCCUCGGUUUGUUGGUGUUUGGGUUGCAGCGGUUUGCGGUGCCUGGACUGAACGACCCGGUCGCGGGGUCUGCAAGUAACGUUGAAUAAAAGCACCUGAAACGAGA